AUGUGUGGAUUUUUUCACGUUAACGUUAAUUUCCCAGGGGACGACAAAAAAUCGUGUUGGAUUUUUUUCACGUGAUUAAAUUUUCAUUUUGAAAUUUGUGUUUUUUGCAGGACGCUGAACCAAAAUCAGAAUUGAUUGCGAAUGUACAGAAGUCUCAGAAAACUGUUGCGAGAGCUGCUCAAAAACGACGGAAAGCUGCAGAAGAAUUGAUGGGAGAUACGAGAGAUUCAAGUAUUCAGACGAGUAUUGUGCAAUAUGGUAUUCUGCAGUAUAAAAAGAAAAGAUCAGAAGUGAGUUUUGAAGGGGCUUGCAUUAGGUGACCAUCCAAUAAAUCCAGAUCUUUCAAGGCUUCAAUUAA